AUGAGGUCAGUGUGCGAGGUGGAUCUCCCCCGUCUCCAGGCCGUAGGUGCCUUAUCGGCUUAUCGACAUCUUAUCGCGAUAAAGCACGCGAGUCUACCCCGCCAAUCCCAGCGCUGUGGCAGUGCAGAAAUGCAGAGGGGUCCCCUAGCAAACCCCCUGUCAUUCCAGCGCAGCGCUGUCAGUGACUGUGAGGUGCGACCCCCCGGGAAAAGAUGCACGUCACCGGUCCUGCGACCCAGAAACGAGGCGUCCAACGACGGGAAUCUGUGGAUGAGAGAUCCCGGCGAUAAUCUUCCCUUCCCCAGUCUCUUUCCCUCUCCCUUUCUCUACUCCAUAUACCUGGUAGCGGGAUACUUCUCCUCCUCUCUGCUCCGGCUCGUCCGUACAUUUCUAGGGCAUCCAAGUUUCAUCCAACAUCCAGGCCAUCCCGCUGACUACUACUUCGGCCCCCUCUCGCGCCUGCCACGCCUAGAAUACGAACAUCAUGCGCCGGGCCACGCCGGACUGAUCGACGACCAACAACAAACACACCAAAGCAGAGGACCCUGGACCGGCCUCUUCAGCAACCAGCGCAUGGCUUCGGCUCCCGCGAUGGCGCCCCCCUCCGAGACCAUCCCCUCCACGACCUCAGACCCCGUCGACCUCUCGUCCACGCCGCAGUCCCUUGCCCGUGCCGUCUACGCUCGUCGGGCAGAGUACGUACGGCCACACCGGAUCCGGGUCAAGAUUGGAACAUGGAACGUGGCUGCGUGUCCUGGCACCGACAAGGACCUGGCGAGCUGGUUCGUUGACGGAUAUGGCCUUGACACAACACUCUCGAGGCUCAACGUUGCCGAUCACGAUACGGUAGAGACGGAUCCUCCGCCAGCCGCCAAGGACGGAACCAAGGAACCGGCCAAGGAUGCGACUGAAGAGCAAGAUCCGAAUGCCUCGGUACACUUGGUCGGAGGCGACAAGGUCGGACUGUACGUCUUGGGCUUGCAGGAGAUUGUCGACCUGAAUAUGGCAAGGGACUACAUGAACCGCAUGGCAUCCGAUCAAGGACCUAUGAAGAAGUGGAAAGAAGCCCUGGAAGAAGCCAUGCCGGAUGGAUACGAGCUCGUUGCCGCAGAGCAAAUGUCUGGUCUGUUGCUGCUGGCCUAUGCUUCCCCUGAGGUAGCACCCACAGUCAGCAACGUGAGCACAGUCUCUGUCGGAACGGGCCUCUUUGGAUACUUGGGGAACAAGGGAGCUGUAACUACGCGACUACUGCUCGGGGAGACAACCCGCAUGGUCUUUGUCAACUGCCACCUGGCUAGCGGCGCAGAGCAGACAUACCUGGACCGGAGAUUGUGGGACGUCGGGCAGAUUUUGACAAGGACGCAGUUUGACCCGAUCAAUCUGGCAGGAGAAAAUGAAGCCGAGCCGGAGAAGAUUGGCGACGAGGACUUUGCCUUCUGGGUGGGUGACUUGAAUUUCCGUGUGGAUGGACUGCCCGGUAAUGAUAUCCGGCGCCUGCUUCAACUACACACCCGUGGCGAGUACGACUUGGACAAAAGGGGGCGCAAAGUUAUCGCCGGCGAGGAGGUUCUAGUGGUCAAGAGCGCAAAGAAGAGUGACUACACGGAUGACGACACCUCAACGAUCGAAACGACUCUAUCAUCAGAGGCUAGUUUUGAUGAUUCCUCAAGCUCCCUGCCAGAUCCCGACGACUUUUUGCCUGACCCAAGUGACGAUCCUGCGUCGUUGCAAGCAACCCUGGACUCUCUUCUGCCGCAUGACCAGCUAAGGAGGAUAAUCAAGGAGAGGAAGGCCUUCCACGACGGCUGGCGCGAAGGACAAAUCACUUUCCUGCCCUCGUACAAAUACGACGUCGGGACUAUUAGUCUCUUUGACUCGAGCGAGAAACAAAGAGCCCCGAGUUGGUGCGAUCGUAUUUUGUACAGAACAAGAAAGGACAGGGAGGAAUAUGAGCAAAGGGUCAAGGAGGCCGAGGAGGCAAAGAAGAAGGACGAGGAGAUGACGGCGCGGGGUAUCGACCAUGCGACCGAUGACGACGACGUCCUGUUCAGCUACGACCCGGAUGCGGACGGCGAGGAGGUGCCUACGGGCGAAGCUGGCCUCGACUACGACGAAUAUGAAGAAGAUGAUAACGAACCAGAGGAAGUUGUCACCAAGGAAGGAUUCACGGACAGAAUACAGCUCGAUAUCUACACUUCACACCAGCGGAUCAUUUCCUCAGACCACAAGCCUAUCAUCUCCAUCUUCACGCUCGACUACGACGCCGUGGUGCCGGAUCUCAAGGCUAAAGUCCAUGCCGAAGUUGCAAAGGAGCUGGAUCGUGCCGAGAACGAGGGACGGCCUCUCGUCACCGUCAUCCUUGACAACCCAGACAUGCAAGCCAAGGGUGAGGAUGGGGUGGACCUUGGUGAAGCCGUCGACUUUGGAGAUGUUGCCUACCGCUGCAAACAUACGGCAACGUUGACAAUUGCAAACACUGGACGAGUGCCGGCCAAGUUUGCUUUUGUUGAGAAACCCACGAUUGAGGAGGAUUCCGAGGCUUCGAGCCCACCAGCCUGGCUAAGAUCAUCAUUCAAACGCACAGCCGCUGACGAAAGCGCAGAGGAGUCGCCAGAUCUGGGCGACGAGGUCACCUUGGAACCCGGCGAGACGGUCAGUGGUGUUUUGGAGAUAUACGUUAGCGACAUUUCCCAUGUCCGAGCCCUCAACGACGGCCGGUCAACUCUUGAGGACAUCUUGGUUCUGCGUGUUGAAGACGGCAGAGACCAUUUCAUUCCAGUCCGCGCCUCGUGGCUUCCGACGUGUUUCGGACGCUCGAUAGACGAGCUCAUCCGUAUUCCCGACGGAGGCAUUCGGGCUUUCAUGAAGUCGAGAGAUGGCAAGAGCUCCGGUUCCAUCCCAUACGAUCUCGACGUCCGCUGCGCUGCUCCUAAGGAGCUCUUCAAGCUUACAGAAGCUGUCGAGGUGAUGAUGCUCCGCGCCAUCGCGGAAGCAAACAUGAUUGAGGAACAUGUCAUCCCGGCUGACAAGCCCGGCUGGCCCUUUGACGAGACCGCAUGGCUGUUCAAAGAUAAAGACUCCCGUGACAGCCAGAUUAUCGCUUUAAUCGAGGCACUGGACAAUGACCAACCCCUUGUCGAAGCGCUUCCCGUUGAAGUCCCAUCACUAUACCGCCUCGAAGUACUCGCCGAGGUCCUGCUUCUCUUCCUUAGCGGCCUGACUGACGGCAUCAUCACCGCAGCCCUCUGGGCCAAGAUCGAAGUUGCCAUCCCUCACCUGGGAGCGGCCGCAGCACGGUCACCACCCGAAGUCGAAGACGAUAAGACUGCGGUGUUGGACAUCCUCGCCACGGCGCCCAAUCACAAUAUCGCCUUUGUCUUCCUCACGGCGACGCUGUCCAAAGUGGUCGCGGAGAUGGCUCCCAUCUCGCGGUCAGAGGUCGAGGCGCUGACCAUGCAGAAGCCCAACAGGCGGAGUCUCAGCUUUAGACGGCUUACGGGCGGCAACGCGGCGGCUGAGGCUGCGUUGGCGAGGCGGCGUCUUCGAGAGAGGAGGGUCGGUGAGGUGUUUGGCAAGGCUGUGUGCCGGGUGGGGUUGCCUGCCAAAGAUAAGGAGAGGAAAGCUGUUGAGGAGAAGAUGAGAGGGGCUUUGGAGAUCUUUUCCGUAGACGAUCGUCAACAGGGAUUUAUGGUGCUACAUAGUCGGACUCUGCGCGGACCCCGCGACUCCACAGUCAACGUAGUCUGCUCCUCAUCGCUUAAGCAUACGAGUACGAUCUUAGCCUUCACCAGAACGACAGUUUCCAGACUCAACAUGGCCGGUUCACUCAUCCUAGCCGGCUUGGCCUUAGCCACCUCAGCCCACGUUGCCGCAAAACCCUGUUCACCAACUUCCUUCUCAUUCCCUCAAGUCGCAGACCUCAUAUAUCACUCCACCACCGCCAACCCCUUCACAGACUUCACCCAAAACUCAGGAUGGAAACCUGAAGCAGCACUCGUGCCCCCGGAAGGCGUGACGGCGUGCAACGUCACCGUCUCAUACACCCGCCCCAAUUCGCACUCUGUCGUCACAGUUCACGUCUGGUUGCCUCUCCAGGAUGCUUAUAAUUCCCGCUUCUUGGGCAUUGGUGGCGGCGGGUGGUUGGCGGGUGAGAUUGGUGACGAUGUGAUGGCGGGGUAUACCGCUUUAGGAUACGCUGUUGCUGCUACGAAUGGUGGCUAUGAACAUGAUCCAUACGGUACAGCAGAUUCCUGGCUGUUUAAAGAUGGAAAACCGAAUCUUGAAGCGUUGGAGAACUUCGCGUAUAGGGGGUUGCAUGAGAUGACGCUCAUUGGAAAACACAUUGCUUCGGAGUAUUACGGCCGGAAACCCAAUUUCUCCUACUGGAGCGGGUGUUCUACCGGCGGGAGGCAGGGUCUCGCGAUGGCGCAGCGAUUUCCGGGGGCCUAUGACGGGAUUCUCGUCGGGUGUCCAGCAGUCAGUUUUCCCGCGUUGCUGAUGGGGAUGUUUUGGCCACAGGUCGUGAUGAACGAGGUGAGCAUGUAUCCUUCCGCUUGCGAGAUGGAAGCUAUACAGAAGGCUGCGGUCGAGGCCUGUGACGAGAAGGAUGGAGUCAAGGACGGGGUUAUUGCGAGGGAUGAUCUUUGUUCGUUUGAGCCGAGGGUGGUGCUUAGGAGGGAGAUCGAGUGUGAGGGGGUUAAGGGGAGGGUUUCUGAGGGAGCGGUUGUUGUUGCUGAGGCUUUGAUGAGGGGGCCUGUUGAUGAGGAAGGGGGGAGUUUGUUUCCAGGCUCGACGGCGGGGACUGCUGCGACGGGGUUGAUGGCGUUGGCGAAUACUGUUUGUGAGGGAGGGAGGUGUCGUGGGCGGCCGUUUACGAUUGCUACGGAUUGGAUUAGGCUGUUGGUGAAGAAGGAUGCUGGGUAUGAUCCGGCGAGUAUGACGAGACGGGAGGCUGUCCGGCUAUUCAGGGAGACGGUGGAGGAGUUUGGGGAUAUGAUUGGGAGCGAUGAACCUGAUCUCAGGGGAUUCAGGGAGGCUGGGGGGAAGAUGAUUGCGUGGCAUUCUAUCAACGAUGAAGCUAUCACCAUCAAUGCCAUGAGGCGGUAUUAUGGCAAGGUCCUGGAGGUUGAUGGAGGGAGAGAGGAACAAGUUGAGACCGAGGGGUACUUCAGGUUUUUUGAGGUUCCUGGGACUACGCAUUGUUCUGCGCCUAGAGGGGCUGGGUUUCCUUUGAGGGCUUUGGAUGCUUUGAGGCGGUGGGUUGAGGAGGGGGUCGCGCCGGAGCAGUUGGAUGCUGUUGUUAUGGGACUGGCUGAAGGUGAGGUGGUGGAGAGCAAGGCUCCUUUCUGUAAGUUCCCUCUGGUCGUGAAGGCGGUUAGAAGUGAGUGGACUUGUGUGGAUCGUCAGAAGACCGCGAAGACUGAGGAAAAGAGGGUGAAGGAUGAGUUGUGA